AUGAAGGGUAUCUCAUCGUAUGAUGAAAAACCUCCGGCGCCGCCUAUUCGGUUCAGCAGCUCCACUAACCAGAAUAGUCAGGUUGUCGGUCUUAAACCACUUCCAAAGGAGCCAACAGAGGUUGCUAAAAAAAAGAAAAUGUCGAAUCCAUUUUUGAAAAAAAAUAAGGAAAAAAAGGAAAUUGCCGAAAAGCCGGUUAUUUCGCGUCCGAGUAACUUCGAGCACACAAUUCAUGUUGGAUACGACCCAACAACAGGAGAAUUCACCGGAAUGCCAGAAGCAUGGGCUCGCCUGCUAACGGAUUCACAAAUCUCGAAGCAAGAGCAGCAGCAAAAUCCGCAAGCUGUUUUAGACGCUCUCAAGUAUUAUACGCAAGGCGAGCAAAGUGGUCAGAAGUGGUUGCAAUAUGAUAUGAUGUUUAUAGAUGAUGCACCGACGCGAAUAGGGCCUUCGCUAAUCAAGCCGCAACCGUACAGUACGUCUUCACUGCCAUACCAUUCCAAACCUUUUUUUGACAAAUCAUACGCUAAACAAGCUCAGUCUGGCUCAAGCUUGCCUUAUUCACUAAAUUCCCAACAAACAUCAAGUUUAAACGACAAUAGAUCAAGCAUGCCUCCGAACUAUGCACCACCGCCAGUUCCGGAGAACGAGGAACCUGCUGAUGUGUUGCCACCUCCAAUUCCAGAUAGACCUGCUCGAACUAUGAGCAUUUACACGAAACCAAAAGAAGAAGAGGAAGACAAGGUACCAGAUCUCUCGAAGGGACAUUUCGGCGUUCAAUCUCGUGGCGCCAAAUCGAAACGAAAAAUGUCUGACGCGGAAGUUCUUGCGAAGCUUCGAACAAUUGUAUCAAUUGGAAACCCGGACAGAAAAUAUAAAAAAGUCGAUAAAAUUGGUUCUGGCGCUUCUGGAUCUGUAUACACUGCUAUUGAGAUUAGCACCGAGGCAGAAGUCGCCAUUAAACAAAUGAAUCUAAAAGAUCAGCCUAAAAAGGAAUUGAUUAUUAAUGAGAUUCUGGUUAUGCGUGAAAAUAAGCAUGCGAAUAUUGUGAACUACUUGGAUUCGUAUCUCGUUGGAGAAGAAUUAUGGGUAGUUAUGGAAUACUUGGCUGGAGGAUCAUUGACUGAUGUGGUCACUGAAUGUCAGAUGGAAGAAGGAAUGAUCGCCGCUGUCUGCCGAGAGGUCCUCCAAGCCCUCGAAUUCCUGCACAGCCGUCAUGUCAUUCAUCGCGAUAUUAAAUCCGACAAUAUCCUCCUUGGAAUGGACGGAUCGGUCAAAUUGACUGACUUCGGCUUUUGUGCCCAACUCUCUCCGGAGCAACGAAAGAGAACAACUAUGGUUGGAACACCGUAUUGGAUGGCGCCAGAAGUUGUUACUCGCAAACAAUACGGUCCGAAGGUUGAUGUUUGGUCGCUCGGAAUCAUGGCAAUUGAAAUGGUUGAAGGCGAACCUCCUUAUUUGAAUGAGAAUCCGCUGAGAGCAAUUUAUCUCAUUGCUACUAAUGGAAAGCCUGAUUUUCCGGGACGCGACACCCUCACUCCCAUGUUCAAGGACUUUAUUGACUCGGCAUUAGAAGUUUGUGUUGAUAAUCGCUGGUCCGCUAGUCAACUUCUGACUCAUCCAUUCCUUCGAUGUGCAAAGCCACUUGCCACACUUUAUUAUCUAAUUGUAGCUGCUAAAAGAAGCAUUGCUGAGGCUGCCGGAUAA